GAUAGAUUAGAUUAGAGAUAGAUAAUUAGGGCCGGGGCCUCCGAAGAUGCCGGCGACGACGACCGACGGCACGACGGACCACGGCGGCAAACCGGCGGUAAGGAGCAAGACUGGGACGUGGCGGGCGUGCCCGUUCAUCCUGGGCAACGAGUGCUGCGAGCGCCUGGCCUACUACGGCAUGAGCUCCAACCUCGUCAACUACAUGGUCGACCGCCUCCGCCAGGGCAACGCCGCCGCCGCCGCCAGCGUCAACAACUGGUCCGGCACAUGCUACGUCAUGCCCCUCGUCGGGGCCUUCGUCGCCGACGCCUACCUCGGUCGCUACCGCACCAUCGCCGCAUUCAUGGCGCUCUACAUUCUCGGCCUCGCGCUCCUCACCAUCACUGCCUCCGUGCCCGGCAUCAAGCCGCCCUACUGCGGAGGCGCAGUCGCACCCUCCGCUCCGUGCGGGCCCUCCGGCGCCCAGACCGCCGCCUUCUUCGUCGCGCUUUACCUCAUCGCCCUGGGCACCGGCGGGAUCAAGCCCUGCGUCUCCUCCUUUGGCGCCGACCAGUUCGACGACGCCGACCCGCGGGAGCACCGGAGCAAGGCCUCCUUUUUCAACUGGUUCUACAUGUCCAUAAACGCUGGCGCCCUGGUCGCAUCAUCGAUGCUCGUCUGGGUGCAGAUGAACAUCGGCUGGGGAUGGGGCUUCGGCAUCCCAGCGAUCGCCAUGGCAGUCGCCGUCGCCAGCUUCCUCCUGGGAAGCAAGCUCUACAGGCAUCAGAAGCCGGGGGGCAGCCCGCUCACCAGGAUGCUGCAGGUGGUCGUGGCCGCAGCCAGGAAGUCACGAGUGGUGGCGCUGCCCGCGGACGCCGCCCUCCUCUACGAGGGCGAGGGGGACAACAAGACCUCCUGCAGCGGCCGGAGGCGGGUGGCGCACACGGACCAGUUCAGGUGGCUUGACCGGGCGGCGGUGGUGACGGCCGAGGACGGCGGCGGCCCCUGGCGGCUGUGCCCGGUGACGCAGGUGGAGGAGCUCAAGACGGUGGUGCGGCUGCUGCCGGUGUGGGCGAGCGGCAUCGUGAUGUCGGCGGUGUACGGGCAGAUGAGCACCAUGUUCGUGCUGCAGGGCAACACGCUGGACCCUCGCAUGGGCGCCUCCUUCAAGAUCCCCUCCGCCUCGCUCUCCAUCUUCGACACCCUCAGCGUCAUCGCCUGGGUCCCCGUCUACGAUCGCCUCAUCGUCCCCGCCGCCCGCCGCUUCACCGGCCACCCGCGCGGCUUCACUCAGCUCCAGCGCAUGGGCAUCGGCCUCGUCAUCUCCGUCUUCUCCAUGGUCGCCGCCGGGGUGCUCGAGGUGGUGCGCCUCCGCGUCGCCGCCGCCCACGGCAUGCUCGACUCCACAGACUAUCUGCCCAUCUCCAUCUUCUGGCAGGUGCCGCAGUACUUCAUCAUCGGCGCCGCUGAGGUGUUCGCCUUCAUCGGCCAGAUCGACUUCUUCUACGACCAGGCGCCGGACGACAUGCGCAGCAUGUGCACCGCCCUGUCGCUCACCUCGUCGGCGCUCGGAAACUACCUCAGCACGCUGCUCCUAGUCAUCGUCACGGCCGUCUCCACAAGGGGUGGCGGCGUCGGCUGGAUCCCCGACAACCUCAACCGCGGCCACCUCGACUACUUCUUCUGGCUGCUCGCCGUGCUCAGUACCGUCAACUUCCUCGUCUACCUAUGGAUCGCCAAGUGGUACAGGUGCAAGACGGCCGCCACCACCACCGCGGCUAGUGAUGAAGCAGACGCCCAAAACGCUUGAUGGCCAGAUUGUAAUUUGAUUUGCCAGAACCAGUAUUAAUAUUGUUGUUUGUGUUGUGUGGGCUGUUAAACAUCGAUCAAAUGGCAAAUUGACGCUCUGCUA